ACAAAAACCCAUCUAAAAGCCCGAUCUUUCCUCCUCUCAACCCGAAUCUAAUUCGGCCGCCGCCGCCGCCAACACAACCGCGACCACUGCCGUCGCCGGCCUCCGUAGCCGCCUCUGGGUGCGUCUCUAUCUCUCUGUUUCUCACUCUCCACGUCCAUCUAGGUCUCCGUCUCCCUCUGUCUCGCGAUUGCAGCUGUCGCUGGACGGAGCUCGAUGACGCGCGAGUUCCGUUCAGUCUCCCUCGAUGAGCCGUAUCUCAUAGACGGCGGCGAAUUCAGUGGCAUUCGCCCACGCGAUGGAGCUCAAAGGGCGUCGAGCUCCCUGCCGUCGACGGUGCUCGACGCUGGAAGAGCUCUUCACCGUCACAAUCACAAGUAGUAAUUAUCCGUGUUGAUUUGCGAUAAGCGUAUCGAGAUCUUCAACGACAAAAUGUUGGCUCUUGACCCCUCGAAGAAACUAUCCUUCAAUAAGACGAUUGCAGAUGGAGAUUUGGUGAUUGUGUACGAGAGACACGAUACCAUGAAGGCCGUUAACGUGAGCGAGGGGUCGGUUUUCCAGAACCGUUUCGGCGUGUUCAAGCAUUCCGAUUGGGUCGGGAGGCCCUUCGGAUCCAAGGUGUAUAGCAACAAGAGCGGAUAUGUCUACUUGCUGGCUCCGUCUCCGGAGUUGUGGACUCUGGUACUGAGCCACAGGACUCAAAUCCUUUACAUCACGGACAUCAGCUUCGUGAUCAUGUACUUGGAAAUAGUUCCUGGAUGUCUGGUUCUCGAAUCGGGAACGGGAAGCGGGUCAUUAACGACCUCACUCGCCAGGGCGGUGGCUCCUACCGGUCAUGUGUAUACAUUUGAUUUUCAUGAACAAAGAGCUGCGUCUGCUAGGGAGGACUUUGAGAGAACAGGAGUGAGCAGCGUGGUCACUGUUGGGGUUAGGGACAUCCAGGGAAAGGGAUUUCCUGACGAACUUUGUGGCAUGGCCGAUGCUGUGUUCUUGGAUCUACCGCAACCUUGGUUGGUCAUAGUGUCGGCUGCAAAAAUGCUGAAACCAGACGCCACUUUAUGCUCUUUCUCACCCUGCAUUGAGCAAGUGCAGCGCUCAUGUGAAGCACUUAGGAUGAACUUUACUGACAUACGGACCUUUGACGUGCUUCUUCGCGCAUAUGAAGUCCGGGAGGUCAAGAAUGAUAGUAUGCAAGGUCACGGAGGCAGCCCUAGUCAGCAGCCUCCAUGCAAAAGAAGACAGACUAGUGAAGGAAGCAACAAGCAGGAGAGCAUCAGUUCAACUAUCAUGGCAAGGCCUUCUGCUGAAGCCAAAGGCCAUACCGGCUAUUUGACAUUUGCAAGACUCAAAUGCUCCGAAUAAAAGCUGUAGCAAGUCCAAUGGCACUGUGAAAUGUUGUCAAUUCUACACACGAGUCCAUCUCCGGAACAGUUGCAGUUGGUUGGUGGCCUUGUCUGUUCUUGAGUCAGGCAAACUGGAAUUGCCUGAAUGAUGAGAGUCAUGAUAUUUGGUUAUAGAAGCUUGGUCAAAGGUGCUCUAUGAAGAAGCUCGGGAGUUGCAUCUCAAAUCAGUGAACUUUUGCCCCAAAGAGUUUUCUCCUUUAUGCCAAUCCUCAUCCGUGGACUACUUUCAUUUUGCCUUCUCACGUGUGAUAUGUCUGAGGUUCACGAAGUUGAAGGUGGGAGAACUUCACAGUUGAUGAAAAGAAAUGGCAAUUCUUCGAAGGUCUCUUUCAUGCUAGUUCUGAUAUGCUAUGUUAAAUGGUCUAGCAAUCUGUUGCACGACAUAAUU